GAAAACCGUUUGAAAGAACAGAAAGAAGGCCUAUUCCCACAUACACAGACAAUCACACCAAAAAAUGCAGCAAUAUAUAUUUUCCUUUUGAUCGAAGCAAGAAGUAGUUUAAUGGCUUUCAGAGUGGCAAUCUGUGUCGGAAGACAAGCAAAGACCUCCCUCUUCUCAGUCCCUCGUUACCUCGGAACAACAUAUGAUGUCUCUGCUUCAAACCUUUUUCCAAGAACAACCCCUUUUCCUCAUUAUCAUCAAUCGGGAAUGAAAUUUUCGAUUCGGGCUAUAAAUGGAACAGCUGCAGAUCCUGUGGCUGCUAAGAAAGACACUCAGAGGCCAUCAUCAGAAAAUUGGAAGAUUAAGAUGCUUUAUGAUGGGGACUGUCCAUUAUGUAUGAGGGAGGUUGAUAUGCUAAGGGAGAGGAAUGCAAAUUAUGGGACAAUCAAAUUUGUGGACAUAAGUUCUGAUGAAUAUAGUCCGGAGGAUAAUCAAGGGCUUGAUUAUGAAACUGUAAUGGGCCGAAUUCAUGCAAUUCUAUCAGACGGAACUGUUGUAACAGAUAUUGAGGCAUUCAGAAAACUGUAUGAAGCGGUUGAUUUAGGAUGGGUUUACGCCAUUACCAAAUACGAACCUAUUGCAAGCAUUGCAGACGCCAUUUACGCUGUUUGGGCUAAAUAUCGUCUUCAAAUAACAGGCCGACCACCUCUGGAACAAGUCCUGGAGGCACGGAGGAAGAAGAAAGAAUUAUGUGAAGACAACAAGGUCUGUAAAACGUAGAUGUCUUCAACAGUGUAAUUAUAUUAUGGGCUAUAUAUAUCUUGCUUGUUUACGUGAGCACAAGUUGUCGUGCGGCCUUCAAGGAGCCAUAUUUAGCAGGCUAUUACUAGAACUUACGACCCCAUAUCAUAUUUUCUUUGUAAUAAUUACUCUUUCAAGAGUUAUAUAAUGAAAAUGUCUUGCCAUAGCCACUAAAAA